GGACAUGGCAGCAGUGCCACGUCAGCAACCAGUCACCGCAGCAGCAGGUCACGUCAGUGCAUGGUGCUCACCCGCUCAAAGACAAGCAGCAUGGAGCAGCAGCCAGGCGAGACUACCGAGGCCUAUGAGGCCCGCACGCUGGACAUGGUAGCAGAGUACAAGCAACGGGCAGCUGCGGCAACAUCCGCACCUAAAAAGGAAGAUGAGGAAGCAGAGGAACAGCGUCGCCUCGCUAAACAGCAGCGACAGGCGGACGCUGAGGCAGCAACGAAGGCCGCAGACGAACGCCGUCGACUACGCCGAGACAAGCUCGCAAGGGUGAUAUCGAGUGCAGCACAACAAGAGGACAUCCUCUGCAUAGACACCCUGGUCCGGAAGCAGAUUCAAAUUAUUGAUGAACUGCUUGACCGGGUACGUCGGCUGGAACAGCAGCUUGCAGCAGCCAGACCCUCCAACUUGACGGACCGCGACGUCAAGACUCUCAAGGACGGCGCUCUAACGACAAAUCAGCAGAUUGACCAGCAGAUUUGCGCGGCCGCAGCCAGUCCGACCGCGACUAAUCGCGAGAGCAUCCCAAAGUUUGACGGCCUCCCGAUCUUCUGCGAUGCAAUGAAGACGGACCCGAUCCCAUGGUGGAGCCAGUUUGAGCUGAAGUUGGACAUUCACCACGUCAUCAACCCGAACCAGCACGCCUACUUAUACUCCCGCUCGGGAGGCCCGUGCCAGGCAUGGCUGGACAACACUUUGUCCAUGCACAACGUCGCAGUCUCCAAGCUGCAUACAAAGAUCAGCUGGGCUGAUCUCAAGGCAGCAUGGCAUAAGCGGUUCCAAGUAGAGCCGCCCGAGCUUCAGGUAGUCGAGAAACUUCAACGGUUCUAUCAGAACGACUGCCAAGCACGAACUCGAUCACCGACACUAUGCGCCCAUCUCCACACAUACUUAGCCUUCUAUGCACCACCAUCUUCGCCGACGGAUGACGAAGCUGUGGUGGGGGACAUCCUAGCGUAUGUUACCAAGGUGGCCCGCGAGUUUCGCAUGCAGCGGUAUGAUGAUAACAACGCACCGCUCCUUUAUGUCCGCAUCCAAGUUGGGCAAGCGUCCUGCAACGCUUUGCUGGAUAGCGGUGCGACUCGCAAUUUCAUCAGCCAGUCCUUUAUCCAAAGGGUCGUCCUUGGCGCACAAGUUCGAAGGAAGCCAAACCCGACAGCGAUCAAGUUGGCGGACUGUUGGAUGCAACAACUCCUCGAUCGCUACAUUGAAGCCGUGCCUGUUUAUUUCGCACCUCAUGCCUGCAAACCGGUGACGUUUGACAUCUUAGACACGGACUUCGACAUUAUAUUGGGGAUGCCUUGGCUUGCAAGUGCGGAUCACACGGUUAACUUUCAUCAGCGGACACUUACCGUUCGCGACGCCUUCGGCGCCGAGGUGCCGUGUACCAUUCCUCUUCCGCACUCCUCGAUCCGGUGCCAAGUUGUAACGGCCAAGUCUUUUUGGGCCGCUUGCGCUUACGAGCGGACCGACGAGAUAGGCCUAUGUUUUCUACGAGCCGCCACGACGACCGAAUCUGCACCUACGGACUUGUCUUCGGACCCCCGAGUGGUGCGGCUGCUCGACGAGUUCACCGACAUCUUCGAGUCUCCUACCGGUGUGGUGCCGGAUCGACCGAUCUCCCACGAGAUCAUUCUUGAGGCCGGUGUCGUGCCGCCGAAAGGAUGCAUCUAUCGCAUGAGCGAGGAAGAGCUCGAGGUUCUCCGUGCUCAACUCGACGAUCUUUUGGACAAGGGUUGGAUCCGCCCUAGUACCUCACCGUACGGUGCGCCAGUUCUCUUCGUACGGAAGAAGAACAAGGAUCUUCGCUUGUGCAUCGACUACAGCAAGCUCAACGCACAAACCGUCAAGAAUGCGGGACCUCUUCCGCGGAUUGACGACCUUCUCGAGCGUUUGGGCGGCGCGGAAUUCUUCUCAAAGUCGGACUUGAAGUCUGGCUACCAUCAAAUCUCAAUACGCCUGCAAGAUUGCUACAAAUCCGCGUUCAAGACGCGGUACGGGCAUUUUGAGUGGAUCGUUAUGCCUUUUGGCCUCACCAAUGCCCCGGCGACCUUUCAAGCGGCAAUGACCAACGAGUUCCGUGCGAUGCUGGACCGGUUCAUACUAGGCAUCAGUCCGUUGUCGGACAAGAUUCAAGCCAUCCAAGAGUGGCCGGAGCCGAAGACCGUCACAAAUGUCCGUUUCUUCCUUGGCUUAGCCGGCUACUAUCAACGCUUCAUCAAGAAAUACUCGAAGAUCGCGGCUCCUUUAUCCAAGCUUCAAUGCGAGGACCGGCCAUUCGACUUCGACGACCAUGCGCGGACUUCAUUUUUGGCUCUCAAAGCCUCGUUGCUAUCCGCGGAGGUGUUGCGCAUCUACGAUCCGCUUUUGCCGACACGUGUCACUACCGAUGCGUCUGGCUAUGGCAUUGGUGUCGUCCUCAAGCAACAUGACGGUGUGGACUGGCACCCGAUUGAGUACUUUAGCAAGAAAGUGCCCGUUGUGCGCUCGAUUGACGACGCACGGAAGAAGGAAUUAUUGGCCUUUGUACACACGCUCAAGCACUGGCGGCAUUUUCUUCUCGGUCGACGGCAGUUCCGAUGGGUAACGGAUAACAAUCCAUUGGUCUUUUACAAGACCCAAGACACGGUCAAUAACACCAUUGCCCAUUGGAUGGCCUUCAUCGACCAGUUUGACUUUUUCCCCGACCACAUUCCAGGCAAGUCAAAUCGUUUUGUGGAUGCUCUCUCACGGCGUCCAGACCAUUGUACCGCGGUCUACUCAACUUUUGAGAUUAACGACGACUUGCGGGACAGCUUCAUCCACGGCUACCAAGUCGACCCCGAGUUUUGUGACAAGGAAGCGCUAGCCAUGAACAUUACCGGCCCGUUCCCCAAGCACAAGACCGGAGUGGAUGGGAUUCUCACGGUGGUCGACCGACUCACCAAGUUCGCCAUGUUUUUGCCUUGCCGCUUUCAUGCCAAGGCACCGGAGUUGGCCGAGGUUCUUUACGCCGGUUGGAUUCGAACCAAGGGUUACCCCAAGGAAAUCGUUUGCGACCGCGACACUCGGUUCAUGUCCGAUUUUUGGUUGGUGCUCAUCAAACGAUGGGGCUCAUCUCUCAAGCCAAGUUCGGCUCGCCACCCCCAAACCGAUGGCCAAACGGAGAGGGCGCAUCACACCGCACUGGUUCUCCUUCGCACUCUCAUCCGUCCCGACCAAAAGGAUUGGGUUGAGCGGCUGCCGGAUGCCGAGUUGGCAUACAACUCGUCCAUCCACCCAGCUAUCGGGAUGUCGCCCUUCGAGUUCGAGCACGGCUCGCCAGUCACUUCUCCAUUGGACACAAUCAUUCCACGAACGGCCGAGAGCGACGACCAUCUUUUUUUCUUGCGUCGGAUGCAAGAGCUACUUGUCAAGGCACGCAACCAGAUGGCCAAGACGCAGCAACGCAUGAGCCAACAGGCCAAUCGUCGGCGUCUUCCUUGCCAAUUCCACGUCGGCGAUCUCGUUUGGGUUUCCGCUGCGGAAUUCAGCCUUGAACAAGAUAUCUCGCGCAAGCUCCUCCCGAAAUGGAUGGGGCCUUGCCCGAUCGUGGCACCCGCUGGGGAUGCACCCGAGGGACCUUCCUUCACCAUUCAGGUGCCCGCCCACUUGCCCGUCUACCCGGUCUUUCAUUGCUCCAAGUUGGCUCUUUACACGCCAGCGGAACAUGACGAGUUUCUCGGGCGACGAUCGCAAGACCCACCCUCUAGGGACGGUUUUCAAGAGGUCGGCGACAUCAUCUCCCAGCGACGCUACGACAACAGGCCAACCGAGUACUUGGUACAUUUUGCGUACUACAGUCACAAAGCUGACCGUUGGUUAACACGUGCGGAACUCCAAGCCACAGCUCCGGAUGUUCUCGCACGCUACGAACGAAAGAUGUAAGGCAAGCCGGUAUCUUCGGCUCCACGUCGCACCCGCAUCCACGUUCCACCUUCAGAUCGUCAGUUUCGCCCUCGCCCCGGCU